AGUAGACCGGCCAAUGUUUGAUGCGAGGGGCACCCGUGUAAGCGUUCGGCGCAGGUAACCAACAGCCAAAGAAACGAGCGUGAGGGUGAGAUCGAUCGAUGGGCAGCGUCGUCGUCGGCUCGUCGGAGGAGCUGCAGCUGGCCGCCGGGAGUAAUCCUCUGGUGGUGUGCGUGACGGGGUCGACCGGCUACGUCGGCUCGUGGCUCGUGCGCACCCUGCUGCGGCGAGGCUACCGCGUCCACGCCACCGCCAGGGACACAGGCAAGGCGUGGCAGGUGUUCGCCGCCGUGGAAGGGAGGGACCGGCUCAGGGUGUUCCGGGCGGACAUGGGCGAGGAAGGGAGCUUCGACGCCGCCGUCAGGGGAUGCGUGGCGCUCUUCCAUGUCGCGGCCUCCAUGGAGCUCCACGUACCACCAGGCCAGGACAACGUUGAGGAGCGCGUGAGGUCAAGUGUGCUGGAGCCGGCGACGAGGGGAGCCAUCAACGUGCUGCAAUCCUGCGUCCGCUCGGGGACCAUCCGCCGGGUCGUCUUCACGUCCUCCAUCAGCACGAUGACGGCGGCGGACGCGGAGGGGCGGCGGAAGGUGGUCGUCGACGAGUCGUGCCUGAGGGCCCUCGACGACGUCUGGCGCACCAAGCCCGUCGGCUGGCAGGUUUAUAUCCUGUCGAAGCUACUGACGGAGGAGGCGGCGUUCAGAUUUGCACGGGAGAAGGGCGUCCAUUUGGUGUCAGUCAUUCUACCGACGGUUGCCGGUCCGUUCCUGACGCCAAGUGUUCCAACAAGCAUCCAGCUUCUUCUUUCACCCAUAACAGGUGACCCAAAGCUCUACUCCCUGCUGGCCUCCGUGCACUCCAGGUUCGGGUGCAUCCCGUUGUCGCACAUCCAGGACGUGUGCGACGCGCACGUCUUCCUGCUGGAGACGCCGCGCGCCGAGGGGCGGUACCUCUGCGCCGCGGGCAGCCACCCGAUGCCCCAGGUCGCGCAGCUCCUGGCGUCGCGCCACCCUCCUUUCAGACCGGCGGAGAGGUUGAGCAGAGAUUUCGAUGCCUCGGACCCAUCGGUGGUUUCGUCCAAGAGGCUGGUGGAUCUGGGUUUCAAGUUCGAGCAUGAUGCUGGGGAAACCGUGAUGGUUAGUGUUGCGCAGUGUGUUGAUCAUGGGUUCCUGAAGAAUCCUAAGAGCUGCAAUUAGUAGUUCAUGUAUGAGAAGGGAAGCUGAUCCUAUGAUGUAACUGCACGCGUUUCAGCGGUGAUGUCAUGCGUGUAGUUACAUUAGAGUAUCUCUCCGUAUGAGAAGGUCUGCUUGGAUUGGGCCUUAGGAUGAAUGGAUAUUGUGGAGCUAGAAGGCACUCUUUUGCAUAUGGGUCGUACUUUUUCGGUCCAAUUUAAGAAUCCAUUCAGAUAUGGUGGUUUUAUGCUCUUC